AUGUUGGCCAAUGAUUCAUACAGCAAUGCAUCCACCAAUGUCGAGCUGUCAUGUGUUCCAGAUGAUACUACUGGCUUGGAGCGCAUAAUGCUUGCGGCGCAGGGCGAUUUGCAGAGACUGCUGAGCUCAUAUUUUGCUCGUCCUAUCUUUAUCGAACUUAUCUAUGCGCACUGCUCUUCCCGUCUUGCGCCAGCAAGUCCAGAAAACCCUAUCACGCAAUCACGACAGGUGCAUCUCGUGUGUGCGUCAUGCACCGUCUGCGUUGCGACAUCUACUGUCACCAUCACGGCUCCCGAAUGCGAACGCCUAUUUCUUGAUGAAAAAUUCCCAAUCGGGCAGACCUUCCGACGACUUAACCGUACUCCGAAGUUCAGUCUCCUCAACGUAGAGACACAAGCAAUCGAUGGAAAGCGUGAACUUCGGAGAACUUAUAAGCUGGAAACGGAGGGCUUCGUUGCAGAAAUCUUGGAAGUAUUCCCGGACAGAGAUAUGUUCGUCCGUGGCGAGGCAUGGUUGAUGGAGCGGGGGACUGACUUGCACACCACUUGCACCACUUCGACAGACACAAAGCCUGAGUGGCUGUCCGUACGCAAGGGAAAUGUUGUUCAUUAG